AUGCUGAACGUGGGGUCAUGUCUCUGGCCUCAUUUCAGAGUUGUCCAGGUCUAUGGCGCCAAUACGGGCGUUGGAAAGACAGUUGUCUCUACCCUCCUCUGCCGAGCGUUGAGAGAACUACUUCCCGCUCACCAUAAAGUCCGGUAUCUGAAACCUCUGUCCACGGGGCCGGCUCGGGAUGCUGAUGACGGACAUCUCAACUUGUUUACUGGAAUCGGUGUUUCUACUAGAUGUCUCUACCAGUUUCCCGAUCCUGUCAGCCCCCACAUCGCCGCUCAGGUGCCAGGCAAGGUGCGACUUCGAGAUUCCGAGCUCGCUCAGAGUGUCCACGAUGAACUCUCAGCAUACAGCAAAGAAGGUGAGGGCAUAGCAGUCGUAGAGACCGCCGGUGGAGUUCUCUCUCCAGGCCCAUCUGGCGCCUUGCAAGCCGACCUCUACCGCCCUCUCCGACUGCCAGUGGUCUUUGUUGCAGACAGCCGGCUAGGAGGCAUAGGAUCGUCCAUUUCUGCAUUCGAGUCAUUGAGACUGCGCGGCUACGACAUAGACGCUGUCUUGUGCUUUGACGGCUCUAGGGCCACGAACUUAGAAUAUCUCCGAGAGUAUUUCCGUAUCCGCAGCGUCCAGACGUUCGGUCUAUCAGAGCCGCCUCGUCGCAAUGACGACAAGGAUGUGGAUCGGAGAAACACAAAAGAAUACUACACGUCUCCUGAUCACGCCAAAACGUUCGAGCGUGUAGUGGACACGAUCCGGCGACAACACAGAAGACGCAUUAAAGACAUAGAUUCGCUGCCAGGAAGAGCCAACAAGAGCAUCUGGCAUCCAUUUCAGCAACAUCAGCUCCAAUCCGAAAAGAACAUCAUGGCAAUAGAUUCAGCCUAUGGCGAUUUCUUCCAGAUAGCGAAUAUCGAUACCACAAGAUCAGAGAACCAACCUGGCAAGGGCACACGGCUGACGCCGCAAGCUCCUGUAUUACGGCCAGCCUUCGAUGGAUCGGCCUCAUGGUGGACUCAAGGACUGGGCCAUGGGAAUCCGAAACUCUCGCUUGCCGCAGCUUACGCUGCGGGCCGCUACGGACAUGUCAUGUUUGCAGGCGCUGUUCACGAACCCGCAUUAUUACUAGCGGAAACGCUGCUGCAAAACCUGCGAAAUCCUCGUCUGCAAAAGGUUUUCUACACCGACAACGGAAGCACUGGUAUGGAGGUCGCCGUCAAGAUGGCUUUGAGAGCAUCAGCUCAGCGAUACGGCUGGGACAGCACCUCGGAUGAAAUCCUGAUGCUUGGUCUCAAGGGCAGCUACCACGGAGAUACCAUAGGCGUUAUGGACUGCUCAGAGCCAUCCACAUUCAACAAGAAGGUGGAAUGGUACAGAGGCCGAGGCUACUGGUUCGACUUUCCUACUGUCAAGAUGCGGCGAGGAAGAUGGUUUGUAGAGCCCCCGACAGGCAUGGAGGCCGAGUUCGGCAAAUCUCGGAGUUUCGAGUCACUUCAUGAGAUAUUCGACGUGAACAAGCGGGACAGCUCUAGGUACGAGGCGUACGUCAAGGCGACUUUGGAAAGGCUCUCUGCGGAGGGCAAGAAAUUUGGAGCGCUGGUUAUGGAGCCCGUUAUUCUCGGGGCGGGUGGCAUGCACCUAGCCGACCCGCUCUUCCAACAAACAUUAGUAGAUGUCGUGCGUAAGAACCCUAGGCUCUUCGGCAACAAGACCAGUCCAACCACCUUCCCCGCAGCAGCUGAUAAACAUUCCUGGACGGGCCUUCCUGUCGUCUUCGACGAGGUCUUCACCGGGCUCUAUCGUCUCGGCCGCUUCAGCUCGGCUUCUUUUCUCGAUGUCCAUCCAGAUAUCUCCGUCCACGCGAAACUCCUCACAGGAGGUCUCGUGCCACUCUGCACAACGCUCGCAAGCCAAAGCAUCUUUAAUGCCUUCCUGAGCAAGGACAAAUCAGAUGCCCUUCUUCAUGGACACAGCUACACUGCACAUGCUGUGGGCUGUAACGUCGCGCUGGAGUCUUUACUGGAGAUGACGGGUAUGGAGAAGUCAGGCGAGUGGGCUGGUUUCCAGAGGUCAUGGACGGGUGGUGAUGCGUUCAGACGAAUCCAGCCCGACUCUGGAAAUCAGCGUCAGCAGCACACAUCAGUCUGGAGUAUGUGGUCCAGUCACUUCGUAUCCGAAUUAUCACAGAAGGGAACGAUAGACAGUGUGUUCGCCAUUGGCUCUGUUUUGGCAGUCUCAAUACGGGAUCAGGCUGGCUCAGGGUAUACAUCCACCGCUGCGGUUGGACUGCAGAAGCAGCUGCUUGAGAAGGCCGGCCCUCAUGGUUGGGUCGUGCAUUCGAGGAUACUGGGGAAUGUUCUGUAUCUGAUGGCUAGUCAAACCUCGAAGAUGGAGAUGCUGCGGGCGAUCGAGAAGAUGCUUCUGGAGGCGUUGUAG